CCCUUUCUUCCCAUUCUCUUCAUCUUCUCUCAUGACUCGUCUCAUGCGCCUCUGUGUGUUCUUAGUCGUCCUGCUAUGCUUGGUCGGCAUGGUUCCGGCCGAUAGAUUACAAAAGCGAGUUCCUCAGGAGGCUGCUGCUCCUGCUGCUUCUUCUGCGGCUGUUCCGGAUGUUCCUGCUUCUUCUGCUCCUGCAGCAGUAGCAAGCUCUGCCGCUGCUCCGGCUGCAUCGGGUGCCGGAUCAGUUGCUGCUGCCCCCUCUGGAGUUGUUUCUGGUGUUGCAUCCCAGGCUACGUCAGCACAAAAUACCGCACCCAACACAGCACCAAACCCGGUACAGUCUGGUGCAUCCGGUGUAGUCGAUGGUUCUGUAGCUGCCUUGCCAACAUCUGCCAGCUAUGGCAACAGUAUAUAUCCUGGUCAGGCUACCUUCAUUGCACCCACCGGCAGCAAAUCUAUCAAACCACUUUAUCGCAUCGCCUCCAAUGAAAAUGUCACUUUUAUCUGGGGAUAUACCUACCUAUCCGUACGCCCCGUUCAACUCACACUUGCCGCCGUAGGUCCUCAGUCUGCAACUAUCCCCAUCACAGUUCUUGACGGAGCAGCCACCAGUGCUGUCUGGCAACUCAAAGACGUUCCGCAAGGAACACCCAUGAUGAACGGUUACUACAAGAUCCAGCUUUAUGACCAACGUGGUAUCUCAGCUAUUGGUCAACCCGGUUGGCUUUCUCCAUGUACAACUCUCACCAUUGCAUUCUACAACCCAGAGACAUAUGUGCCUCUCACUGACUCGAACUACUGUCCUACAUGUUUUUACAGUGCUGCAAGACAUCUCCGGGAUUCAUUUGGACCCCUGGGAAUCGCAUUUGGCUUGGCAUGUCUCACUUCCGCCCUCUUCAUAUACGGACUUCAAUAAAAAUAAAAUAAGAAAUAUAUAGUGUAAGUGGGAUAGGGAUAUUAUAUAGAAUACCCUUUCCAAUUAUCUCUCUUGUUUCAUUCUCAUUGUAUUUGUAAACAAUAUGGGCCAACCUUAAAUACAUACAUACAUAUAAAUAUUCAAAUAUUCUUACAAUACAUUACAAUACAUUACAUUACAUAACAUU